AUGAAUGAGAAGACUCCCUAUGGCGAGUAUCGCGGCUACCGUAUCUUGCCCUCGACAGGCACCGUCCCUUUGACGGUGGAGAACUCCAAUCUUCGCAAUGCCGGACAGUGGGCGGGUUACGACGUUCAAGUCACUCAACACCAUGAUACAGAGUCUCGGUCCGCUCAUGCCAAGAACAAUCAAGAUGUGGAGAAUUCACCCAUCAACUUCGACCAAUUCUUCAACGGGGAGAAUCUUACCCAACAAGAUCUAGUUGUGUGGCUGAAUCUGGGCAUGCACCACAUUCCACACACGGGUAAUCUUCCCAACUCAGUCUUCACUACAGCGCAUUCUGGGGUGCAAUUUAUGCCGCUCAACUUUUUGCUGGGUGAUCCAGGCCGGGAAACGGUGAAUAUGGUCAGAAUUUAUUAUGACGAUGGCAACGUUUCGGCGGUUCAAACCUUCGGACAACACGGCGAUACAUGUGAAUUGGACUUUACGCCGGCGGAGUUCAGCUUGUGGGACUAUGUCGGAGAUGUUGUGGUGAGGAAGUUCCCUUAUGAUCCUAAUGAUCCCUAUGAUGAGACAGAUAGUAUUUCUUGA